AUGGAACCUGGGGUCAGAAGAUGCUGGGACAAAUGCAUUGAGAAGAGUAAUUAUUACAAACGCAGACAAGAGGUGGAAAUAUUUAACGAUGGAAGCAGAUGGAAAAAGCGUGGCAUUGCCAUUGUCCCUUCCACAUAUGGCGUGGGAUUUAAUUUUGCAUUUAUGAAUCAGGGAGGUGCCCUUGUGCAGAUAUACUUUGAUGGAAGCGUACUGGUUUCACACGGAGGAGUCGAAAUGGGUCAGGGGUUGCAUACGAAGUUGAUUCAAGUGGCAAGCACUGUCCUCGAGAUCCCUCACAACAAUAUUUUCAUUUCACACACUGCAACAGACAAGGUCCCUAACACAACUUCGACCUCUGGAAGCAUAAGCUCAGAUUUGCACGGAAUGGCGGUAAUGGACGCUUGUCAGAAACUGCUAAAGCGUUUAGAACCGUACCGACAGGAAGAGAAAGCAUGGAAAGACAUUGUGAAGACGGCCUACUACGACAGAGUGAGCUUGUCAGCGACUGGUUACUACAAAACGCCAGACAUUGGGUACGACAUCAAGACGAACAUUGGACGAGCGUUUAAUUAUUACACCUUUGGAGCUGGAUGCUCUGUUGUGGAAGUCGAUUGCUUGACAGGCGACAAUAAAAUACUCAGCACUGAAAUCGUGAUGGAUCUUGGGGAGUCACUCAACCCUGCUAUUGACAUUGGUCAGAUUGAGGGUGCAUUUAUGCAGGGCUAUGGCCUGUUUGUACUGGAACAAUUCCAACAUACACCAAAUGGAGUGCCAUUGACAGUUGGUCCAUCGACGUACAAAAUACCUGGUUUUGGUGAUAUGCCUGAAGAAUUCAACGUUUCUCUCCUCAGCGGCUCUCCAAACGUAAGGGCCCUCUAUUCUUCGCGAGCUGUUGGUGAGCCACCAUUGUUUCUUUCCGCAUCUGCAUUUUUUGCAAUCAGGGAUGCCAUUAGGUAUGCUCGUAAAGAUGCCGGCUACAAUGGAAUCUUCAAACUAGAGGCACCAGCAACGGCAGAACGAAUCCGCAUGGCAUGUCAAGAUCCGCUGACUGAAAUGGUGCCUGAAUUCGAGGAAGGCGCUUUCCAGCCGUGGUUCAUACAAGUUUAG